AUGCCAAAAACAAAGUGGCGAUUAAACCAUUCCAUCUUACUACUAUUCAUCGCUCAGAUCACCAUCUCAGAAGCGGUGAAAUGUCACGAUUGUGUCGGAAUGGAUUGUAUGGGUUCUUUCUGUAAAGGAGACUACUGUAUGGUGUCACAAUAUGCACCCCGGUGGGGAUCCGCGCGGUGGGGAGAGUCGGAAGUUGUGAAGGGUUGUGUGAAUGGAUCAAUGUUGGCGAAAGACAUCCGUGACCACUGUGAGUAUGCAGAGGAUUCCGAGGAGCCGUUCACGUGUUUCUGCAAUGGAAAAGAUUUGUGUAAUACACGUGGAAGACUACGAAAAGUCGAAAGAGAGGAUGUUGAGUUGGUCCAAUGUGUGUGCGAUGGAGCGCAUUGUCGGAACGACAAAACGUGUAUUGGAGAGCUCUGCACGUACGUGAUUAAUCACGUGACAAAACAAGUCGAGAAGGGAUGCACGAAUGCGUCGGUUCCACUCAUCGAACGAAGAGCUAUCGGAUCGUGUAUGGCACCGCCCAUUACCGGAGCCAUGCAUCAUACUGUAGCAAAGGACGCCGCCUCUCUUCUUGGAGUCGAGUCAUGUAUCUGUGGUACGGAUUACUGUAACAGUGAGAAGCCAACACCUACAGUACCCGAGAAGGAGAAAUGUACUGCAUUCGUAGAGGUGACAACAAUGGGAACAACCACGAAAUCAAAGAAUAUCUCAUGCACUGGAGAGUACUGUUUUACGGCAACCAUCAAAUCAAAACUCGGAAUAAUGUCGUCGUACCGUACCCUCGGAUGUGCUUCAUUCACCGGAGAGGACCCACUUCCAGAGGAGUUGGAUCCCACUGGAUGUGCCGUGUUUCGUUCCGAAAAUUUGGAAGUGAAAACGUGUUUUAAGACGUCCGACAGGAGUGCUGUUGGAAGAGCAUUGGCGUCGAAACAGAUUCCAGAAUCCAAGAAUUCGAAGCCUUCUAAAGGAUCCUCAGGAAAAUCUCAAAAAUCGAAGGCGAAACAAAUGGAAGUGGAAUAUGAUAAUGAGGAAGAAGAAGAGGAAGAAGAGGAAAAAAUAGAGAAAACGAAAGGAAAAUCGAAUGGAAAAUCACCGAAAGAUAGACAAAAAUCAGAGGAAAAAGAGAAGGAAAAAGAGGAAAUCAAAGAGGAAGAAGAGGAAAAAGAAGAAGAAAUCGAAGAGGAAGAGGAGAAAGAGAAAGAGGAGACUGCCACGAAGAAGUCAUUCAUAUUCCAGAAACCGACACAACCACCAAUUCCUGAUGAUUCUAACACCACUAUGAUCACCGUGUUCGUUCUCAUCAUCAUCUGUAUCCUCGGCUCCGGAAUAGUCUGGAAGUUCGAAUUGCACAAGAAGCUGAAGAGAAGCAACUACGACUCGGUGGCCGGUGGAUAA